UACAGGAAAGGGACCAGGGCAGCAUGUAGUUGAAAGGACCCACCCCUGUGAACCACUUCCUCUAACCAAGCUCCAUCUUCCACAGUCCCGAUUUUGAUGGGUUGAUAUUGACAGCUGAACUAUUCAUCAUGUCGGGGGGGGGGGGCCCCCUCUGGUUCUAAUCUGCUCUGAGAACUCCCUCAUACACACAUUUUUUGUAUCUCAAUGCAGUCAGGGUUCCAGUCACAAUGAACCAUCCAAGUUACAUAUGGAAAUAAUUACACACACUUUCAUGUAUCUAGAAAAAUUUAUAGCCAUGGGGCACACACAGAGAUUCACCGUUAAGAGGGUGUGUAAGCAGCAGCGGCCCACAGUUGAGCACCCUGUGCCCAUGUCUUGGUUUCUAAUGCCACCCUGAGGGAGCUGCUUGGAGAUGUGGUGGUUCUUGGUCCAGACCAGGAAAUACAAGAUGAGUCUGGAAGAGCUAGGAGGGUCCAAAAGCAGGUUGUGAUCGCUAAAAUCUGAAUAUGAGGUGACAGAAGUUAUGUGUGUGAGCAGUUGGUCCCCUGACUUGAGAGGUUAUGGAACCUUUCGAUACACACCCUAGCUGGUAGACACAGGACGACCUUUGGAGGUUAGCCCACCUCCAAUUCUGGUCUAAAGGUCUCUGCUUCCCAAUCCAUGAGGAGAUGAAAAAGCCACAUGUUCAGUUGUCUAUGUCAACACUGUGACAAAAUUUCUCAAGGGAGAGGCUGUUUGGCUCCUAGUAAGGAGAGUGCAGUCCAUCAUGGUGGGCGAGGCGGCUGUUCACAUGACAACUGCAGCCAGGAAGCAGAGAAAGAUGACUGCUGGUGCUCAGCCCAGGACUCUAGUCCAAGGGACAGGGCUGCCCACAUUCAGAAUGGGUCUUCCUAGGUCAGUUAACUGAAUCUAGGAAUACCCACACAGAAAGGCUCAAAGAUCUGUCUCCUAAGUGAUUCUAGGUCCUGUCAAAUUGACAGUACCAACCAUCACACCACACUACGAGCACUCCUGCAGACAGAACCACCCCAGGUGCCAAGCCUCCCCUGCCGUCGUGGGUUGAAAACCCGGGGUUAUGACAUUAAGCACCCUUCAUCCCUAGACUAUGACAAUAAGCACCCUUCAUCCUUAGACUAUGACAAUAAGCACCUUUCGUCCCUGAAGUUGCUUCUGUUAGGCAUGCUGAUGCAGCAACAAGAAAAGCAGCAAAGUCUAAAGUACUCACGAAUCCACUCUGACAAAAAAUGAGUAAGUCGGGCUGGAGAGAUGGCUCAGAGGUUAAGAGUACUGGCUGCUCGUCCACAAGUCCUGAGUUCAAUUCCCAGCAACCACAUGGUGGCUCACAACCAUCUAUAAUUCGAUCUGGUGCCUUCUUCUGGCAUGUAGGCAGAACACUGUAUACAUAAUAAAUAAAUCUUCAAAAAAAAAUGAGUAGGUUGACGGCAAGGCCAGGGAGGGGGAGGGGGAUCUCCAGUGUGGAGGGUUUCAACAGCUGGUGAAGGCAUGAUAUCCUGAGGUAGGGAAACACAAUGUCUACCCUCUAAGUAUGGGCCCUGCAUAGAAACCCAAGCUAAUGGAGAAGGAAUCAGUGAACACUGACCCUAGCCUACUCUAUUCCACCCACUGCAGCCUUUAGUGACACCUGUGGGUUGGAGGUGGGGAACCCGAGCUCUCUCCUCUCUCUGGAGAGCACCUACCCCUUCCUUAGAGCCUCAUUCUCUCUUAGGCUUGAGCUCUGAAGUCAUGUGGGAAACCCUGUUCUUGGAUGGUGAGGCAACUCUGAGAACAAAGAGAAGAACUUGAUGACAGAGGAGGGUGGGGGUGGCUCUGAGGCUUUCCCCAUAUCGGGCUACUUGUUCACAUCCUCAUCCACCUGCUCACUGCUCCCUUUCAGGCUUCUCUGCAUCUUUAGACAGAGACGCCUAGAAACAGCUGGCGAGAGCAUGCCCAUCACUCCUCUGCCCCCCCACCCCCCGCAGUGUGCCCCUAGAGCCAGGACACUGAUGGCCUCCGGCUUCCUACAGAAAAUACAACAGAGCCUCUCUCUCAUUCCAUGCCCCUUUUUCUGUGACCAGAUGCCAAGCCUAAAGUUCACAGGGGCAUGAAGCAGGUCACAUUCCAUCUCAGUCGAUUCCACAUUGCUGCCUCCCUCACCUACUGGGCCUCCCUCCCUCCGCUUCUUGUCCAACUGCCUUUCAGCUUCCCCCUUGGGCUGUGCAGCAACCAAGGUGCAAUCAGAACAGGAAGUGACCUUUGGGAAGCAGGGUCCAGCAGCAUCACCCACACUCAUCUCCUGUCUAGUAAUGUCCAAAAGCUGGCCUGCACCCACGUGCCUAGCUGAUGCACCUGACAGCGCCCCAGUGUUCUCACUGGAGCUGAUCCUCCUGCAGCUCUGAGACCCUCUGGAUUCACUUGUCAGUGCCCCACUGGGUAUUCCGCUAACUUUCACAAGGUCAAGUUCCCUCAGCAAAUAUCCUCUGGGCAGUCUGAAGAUGUGUGUUUUCUGACAGUUUCAAUUUUGCAUGGCUGUUUCACCCACCUGCCUGGCCUCGGAUUAUCUCUCAGGGCCUAGCCCAGAAGCAGGCGUGUGUGGCAGGUGCUCACUGGCACCUAAGUUGAAUGAAUGACUGAACGCUCAAGAGGAUGCCAUCCUUCUUGACUAUGACACAGGCAACUGCUGAUGCCAAAAUGCUGCCCACCCCUCUCAUGCCCAUAUUUGGACAUGGUACAGGUCCUCCCUGGUCAUGGUCUGUGAGGUCCUGGCACUCUUUGACUUCAUAAUCCCCAGGGGCCCCUUGUGUCUAUAAGAGGAAGAAGGUGCGGGCUCUCCAUCCACAGCCCGCAAAAUUCCACCUGCUCACAGGUUGGCUGGCUCGACCCAGGUGGUGCCCCCUGCUCUGAGCCAGCUCCCGGCCAAGCCAGCACCAUGGCCAGAUACCGAUGCUGCCGCAGCAAAAGCAGGAGCAGAUGCCGCCGCCGCAGGCGGAGAUGUCGCAGACGGAGGAGGCGAUGCUGCCGGCGGAGGAGGCAAAGUGAGCAGGGGGGCUGUGCUGGACUGGGUCGGGGGGGGGGUGUCCAGGGAUUGGGCAUAGCCUGAUAUAUCCACCCCCUUCACCAUCUUUCUUGCCUUCCUAGGGUGCUGCCGCCGCCGCAGAUACACCCUGAGGUGUAAAAGAUACUAGAUGCACAAAAUAGCAAGUCCAUCAAAACUCCUGCCUGAAAAAUUUACCAGACUUCAAGAGCCUCUCGCCACAUCUUGAAAAAUGCCACCGUCCAGUGAAAAACAGGAGCCUGCUAAGGAACAAUGCCACCUGUCAAUAAAUGUUAAACUCAUCCCACUCACGCCUCUAGAUUCUUGGGUUCUGGGAAGGGUGGGUGAGUGUGGGUAAGGGGGAUGUGAGUGACAUGUGAGGGGCUCCAGACCUGUCAAUAACAGAUUCUCAUCGAGAUCCCUCCCCAGAAAGGCUUAGGGAAGACAUGUGUCUGAGGGCCUCAUCAUGGGCCCCAGUCAUACACAGACUGUCGGAAAGCCAGGCAGGAACUGGCUAUAGCUGAACAAGAAAGUCCAGUGGAUCUGUGUGAAUGUCCCAUCACCAAUCCCUUCUCGGGUAAGCCCAUGGGGUCAAUUUAAGGUUGGCCCUCUGCUGACCCCAUCCUCUGGGCCACCUUGUGUGAAUGAAGAGGUCAGAUAACCAUUGGUGAUUGCUGCAAAGCAGCGCAGAUGCCAGUCUUCACCUUCCAGGGCCUCCACAGGCUCGGCCUUCUAGGCCAGCAGUGGACCCUGAGUGUUGUCAUCACCCUUUGGUUUUUGUGGUAGGACCCCAAGACCUUGUGUAUGCCAGGCACACAAUACAACUCAGGACUUGAUUCCCUGAGGGACUGCGUCAAUAUACUCCAUGAUGGGGACGCAGAUCAAGGUACCAUGUUGUAAAAAGCACAAGUUUUAUUUUUUUCCUGUUGGGUUACAAUGUUUCAAGUAUGCCCUAGGAAAGAAAGGACUCCUUUAAGGCCAGCACAUGGGGCAGAGGCAGGCAAGAUCUGGCUAGCCUGCUCUAUAGAGCAAGUCCCAGGACAGAGUUACACAGAAAACAAGCAAAAAACUCAAACCGGCUUUGGAGAGAAGCAUGUCCUUGAGCAACCCAGACUCUAUCCCCUACGGGAGAAGCCGUUUCAGUCACACUGUCCUUAGCUCACAUGGAGGUGGGAAGCUUUUCCCACGGCUCGGCAGGAUGAGGGCACGGACUGGGGCUGGGAGGGGAUUCAGUGGCUUGCCUGGCACUGCUCUGCAACCGUGACACACACCAUGCAGCAGGGCAAAGGGACCGGGAGCAAAGUUCAAGGUCACCCUGAGACCCUCUCAUAUUAAUCUUCUUGUGACUGACUACGAGCCAGUGCUACAAACCCGGCCUGUGGUGCCCUCACAGAGGGGACUGGGCAGGGUGGGAACAAUCAGGGGUGGGCCGCCAGGUCACAGUGGGGCUCCCCUUUAUAUAUGAGCCCCAGAAAGCCCCUCACACCAGACCAUCAUCACCACCAAGAGCAGGUGGUGAGGCUUUCGUCCUCCUCCUCCCAUCCAGGUCAGCUGCAGCCUCGGCUCAGAGACUCCUGAUCUCCUAGCACUAUGGUUCGCUACCGAAUGAGGAGCCCCAGUGAGCGUCCACACCAGGGGCCUGGGCAAGAACAUGGAGGAGAAGAGGAGCAGGGGCAAGAGCUAAGCCCCGAGCGCGUGGACGACUAUGGGAGGACACACAGGGGUCACCACCACCACAGACACCGGCGCUGCUCGCGUAGGAGGCUAUACCGGAUCCACAGGAGGCGCCGGUCAUGCAGGAGGCGAAGGAGACGCUCCUGCCGCCACAGAAGGCGGCAUCGCAGAGGUAAGCACCACAGAACCCCAGAACCUUGGCCACCUGUGCAGCUGCCCAACAAGGUAGGAGUGCCCCCAUUCAAACCCUGCUGCCUCCCAGGUAGCCCAGCAAACCAGAACUUUCUUUCCCAAAGGCUGCAGAAGAUCCCGAAGGAGGAGGAGAUGCAGGUGCAGGAGGUGUAGGAGGCGCCAUU